AUGCCCCAGGAUCGCAUAGACGAGAUGACUUGGGAGGAAUUCAAGACCGAGGUUUACGACAAGUACGUACCCAAGAGCUACCGCAAGGCGAAAGCAGCCGAGUUUCACAACCUCACCCAAGGACGCCUGUCCGUAACCGAGUAUGACCGUGCACUUUGUGACAUGACCCGCUAUGCGCCGGAACAGACCGAUACCGAUGAGAAGCUGGCUGAUAAGUUUCGUGAGGGCCUUAGGCACGAGAUUAGGAUGGCAUUGGCAGUCCGCGGAACCCUUACGUACGCCGAGGCACUAGCCCUCGCACUGGAUGUAGAGGCAGUAAUGCCAAAGGAGAAGAGCGCGGGGAACACCGCAAUGACAUUACCCCCGCCACGUCCUAACCAUGAUAAGAGGAGAUGGGAGGAGAGUAGGAUUACCUAUGACAACAAGCGAUACCGCCCCACUCAGAACAGGCCGCCGUACGGAGGAGGACAGACUUCGUUCAAUCCAAGGAACGACCCCCGUGCCAGACCACCUCAGUGUAACGUUUGCGCCAGGGAACGGUCAUUUCUCGAGGGAGUGCCCGAGCAAGAAUAUGGGAAACGGAUCGAGGCAGAACCAUCAGGGUUUCCGUCAGCAGCCGAGGGCGCCACCUACGGGCUCGGGAGCAAACCGGGAUCAACCACUGCGGCUGCAACAGCCUGUCCGCCCAAGACUUCCUACCCGGCUAGAGCGUAUGCUAUAAGUCAGAAGCAGCCCAAGAUCGAGCAAGGGAAGCCCGAGAGUGGAAACUUAGCAGGUAUAGGCGAAAUCCUUGAUACCCCUAUUGUUGUUUUGUUCGACACGGGCGCAUCUCAUUCGUUCAUCUCUGAGUUAUGUGUGCAUACCUUAAGCUUGCCUACUAGGAAGUCCGAACAUAGGAUGAUGGUGUCCUCACCAGUAGGAGGAAUGAUAGAGAUCUCUCGGUUUUGCUUGAACGUAGAAAUCGUACUAGGAGAACUUAAGUUAGUUGCUCACGACCUGCGAGUUAUGGCGAUGAGAGACGUUGACGUAAUCUUAGGAAUGGAUUGGUUAACCGCGAACUUUGCGACGAUUCGCUGUAAGGAGAGGCUAAUAACCCUACAAACCCCGGGUAUGGAACCCGCCGUGUACCACGGAAUCUCGAUGAACCGACGAAUCGCUAUAGUCUCCGCGUUACAAGCCACCGCCAUGCUGAAGAAAGGACGCCCGACCUACCUUGUCUAUCUCCACGGAGAAGAGAAGGAGGAAGCGAGGCUUGAAGACGUUGCUGUCGUACGAGAUUUUCCCAAUGUUUUCCCCGAGGAGUUACCUGGACCGCCGCCAGAUAGACAGUUAGAAUUUACGAUCGACCUUGAACCUGGAGCCGCACCUAUAUCGAAGGCACCAUACCGCAUGGCGCCUAAGGAGUUAGAGGAAUUAAAGAUUCAGCUGCAAGAGCUCAUGGACUUAGGUUUCGUUAGGCCCAGUGUUUCGCCAUGGGGCGCACCGGUGCUCUUCGUUAAGAAGAAAGACGGGACAAAUGCAAGUUCUAUCUGCUAA